CGCAGCAGGCGCUUGCGCUCCGAAGCCGCGCCCGCCCAUCACCUCCAUGUCGGCCCUCAGCGAGGCCUCCACGCCGGCCCAGGACACGGCCCCUCCGUCCAUCGACACGGCCCACCUCCAGCAGCCCCCGCUGCCCCCAGACCUCCACGGCCAGCAGCAGCUACAGAAUGGCGUCUCCACCCCAGGCAGCGAGGGCAACCGAAAGCCCAAAGCCCCGUCUGUGCGCCGGGCCUGCACUGCCUGCCAUGCGGGCAAGACCAGAUGCAGUGAGGUCCUCCCGUGCCAGCCGGACAUCAGAGCUGCCUAA